GUCCACAAAAUGGCCUGGCUUCGUACACGAGUUCAGGCGUGUUACUUGUAACUUGUAAGCAAUUGCCUUGCACUUUCAGGGUCUCGGUACUGUUGUAACAGUUUAAUGGAGUGUGACAGCAGGGGCUACCCAUAUACCUCUGCUGACGAUUGACCUCGACGGCCGACGGCUUUAGUUGUGACACGUCGAGAAACAGAGAUAGUUUGAGUGCGUUGUGUGAUCAGACAUUCGUUUUCUGUAAUGUGGGAGUAGGAUUCCUGGAAAGUACGUGCAUCUUGGCUCCCAUAAGUCAAACAAAGGGUGGAAAGUCAUCAUGGGGCAGGCCGAAUCUCUCAGUAUCUCUGGAGGGGACGGACAUCGGUAUUGGAUCGUCCUUCCUGGGAUCGUGGAGAUGGACAAAGUGUCAAAGUUCGAGAACUGGCGUGAAGGUCGUGGGGGUCAUCGAGGACUCAGCAAAGACGAGUGGAUAUCGAUAGAGGAGUACAUCACAGGCCAGAUGUCUCGCUAUUGCCCCUGGUCCACUUCCCGAGACGUUGAUGACGUCGCGCACUCCGACGACCUACAGACCUUUUCUCACUUCACCUACAUGCACAGCUGUGAGAGUCUGGUGGCUUGUGACUUCCAGGGUGUGGUCAGAACUAAACAGUCGUCGAGAAAGACGCUGUACAUUGUCACUGACUCCAUCAUACAUUCUAGAUACAAGAUGUAUGGAGUAUUUGACAAAGGGGACUAUGGCAUCACUGAGUUCUUCAAGCUUCACAAAUGCACUGACAUCUGCAAAGACUGGCCCAGACCCACUCCACUAACCCCACCCCCCUCCUUUGAUGACGCAUGUGCUGCUUUGCUCAUGAACAACAUUACCCCUCCCCCACAAUUUGAAAACAUUGUGUUCCCAGCCUAUCAGGGAGAGGAGGGAGCCACUGGUGGUGAGGGUGCGGACGGGGGCCUGAGCAGGAGACGCCAUCGAAGCGCCAAAGAGGUCAGACACAGAAUAAGGCCACAGGGUUCAGACCAGCUUGAGGUCGAAGAACCAGAGAGUUUGAGGAGGCGCUCCCACAGUGAUGCGGAUAUGUCUCUGGCCUCAUACCUCAUGCACAGACAUUUCCAUGAGUCUGUCGAUGAUCCGAACGCAGCUGUUAUGACUCCUCCUCCAGCAUAUGAGAGUGUGGUUGUUCCUCCUCUGCAAGAUGUCGCUUCCCCACCUACGAACAAUACAGUAGUGCCACCGGUACACCGAGACACCACUCAAGAUGUUUCUUCUGAGACCGCAGUGGCUCCAGAAGCUUUGAGUAGAAAGUCCUCGUCAACCACAAGCUCGAUGGAUGAGCUAGCCAAGGUUACAUUUGCACUCUCACUCUCUGAUGAGAAUUCCAUUGAUGACUCUAGUGUGUGGCAAGAAGAUGAGUUUUCAGGAGCCGCUACUGGACAUGAGCAUGGGCAUGGGAAUCCUAAAUCCGGAGCACAGGUGUCGCAAACAUGCAUGCCACCAUUACUUCCCCUGGGUGCACAGCGACCAUCUGGCAGUUCUGGGUCAUCCACGAGGAGUUACAACAACGCUCAACAUCAAGCCUCAGGCUUUGCGGCACAAACAGCAACACAACAUCGAGUCCUCGCCAAGAGCAACAGUGGUGGCGAUCACAACAGGUUGUACAUGGCAAGGCAGGCGACCAAUAGACAUAGACAUGCUAGUGAAGAGGCAGCCCUCCGGGGGAAUCCACACAGCUCCAGCUAUUCUCAAGGUGUGCGACAGCACCAAAGCCUCAGGCAUGUCUUAAGCAACGAGGAAAGCUCUCUUAACCGAGAGGUACACAGAGUGCAUCGAAGCGCUACAGACUCGUCGAUACAGAACAGUGAUGGUCGACCACGCAGCAUCAGUGACGCAAACGCCCAACUGAGGCGAGCGGCUUCUCCGUUGAUGCAGAGGAGAAUGAACAAUGAGCGUGAAAACAGCUCUGAGGAGAGGCGGAACUGCCAAGAGCUGCCCACACUCAUUGUGCCUUCUGCCCCGCCCAUGGAAUUUUGUGAUGUUUCCUUUGACACCACUUGAAACAUGUCUAAUAACCUGGCUUGAUCACACAAUAAGAUAAAGCUUAAUGAUAGCACCAAAAAAGUACUAAUACUGUACAACAAAUCGUGUGUGAAGAUUAUUUUCUUCAAUCUUCCCCACUAGAUACUUUUAGUUAUCAGAGGUAGAACAGGGACACUUACUGUAAGCACUUCAACGCAUAAUGAGAUGGAUUUCUUCUUAAGAUCAGUUAGAAGAUCGUAACUCAAGAACAUGAAUAUGUUCCGCGUUAUUUAUCGAUCGUUAAGAUUGCGCUGCGCGUUGUAACGAUCGUAUAAUUAUAUCAUUUUUGUGAGCUCUUCAGUUUCA